AUGAUUAUAUUUGUAAAUCCCAAUUUUAGCUUAAACCCGCCCUCUUUAACUCGUAGUCCAUCAAAAACCCCGCACAAAAUUCAUUCAUAUGUCAUCAGUUCAAUUGUCUCCAACACCCUUAAACCAAGAAGAAGGUGUGAUUACUAUGAUUUGCAUAAAGAGCUGAUUCCGUAUGUAGAGGCGUGGACAUGGCAAAAGGCCAUUGUUAAAGAGAGAAAAUCAUUGAUUGAAAAGCAGGAAGAUUUUUCUGAUACGCUGAUUAUUUUGCAACACCAGCCAGUUUACACAUUGGGCACUGGUAGUUCAGAAGAAUACUUGAAUUUUGAUGUAAAGAACGGUCCUUUUGAUUUGUAUCGAACUGAACGCGGUGGCGAAGUUACAUACCAUGGGCCUGGUCAGCUAGUUAUGUACCCCAUUAUCAAUCUUCGAUAUCACAAGAUGGAUCUUCAUUGGUACCUCAGAGCACUUGAAGAGGUUGUCAUUCGUGUUCUUUCUGCAACAUUUGCUAUUGAUGCAUCACGAGUUGAUGGCUUAACUGGUGUUUGGGUUGGAGACCAGAAAUUAGCAGCCAUUGGAAUAAAAGUUUCACAAUGGAUAACAUUUCAUGGAUUGGCACUGAAUGUCACCACAGAUAUUGCACCCUUUCAUCAGAUAGUUCCAUGUGGGAUUAGGGAUCGUAAAGUUGGAAGUAUAAAGGGGUUGCCUAAAUUUGCACCAUUCGAAGUUUUUCAUUGA